AUGUUUGGCGGCCACGGUCCUCACAUCCCUCACGUUUCCGGUCGACGUCGCGGUUCCACUACUUCUAGUCGAAAGAGCGAUGAAGCCGACCGUCCGGAUCCGACCGAGGAUGAUACUACCGUUGUCGAUGAGGGCGAAAAGAGCAUGCUGCUUUCGAUAAUAUCACAGUUGAAGCCAGGUGCCGACCUUAGCCGUAUAACUUUGCCGACCUUCAUUCUGGAGCCCAGGUCUAUGCUUGAAAGAAUCACAAAUUUCAUGCAGCACCCUGAAACUCUCCUGCCUAUGACUACCGUCGACGACCCGGUUGAACGAUUUGUAUCCGUCGUCAAGUUCUACCUCAGUGGAUGGCAUCUAAAACCGCCAGGCGUUAAGAAACCACUGAACCCCAUCCUCGGUGAACAAUUCGCCUGCUACUGGGACCUCCCAGACAAAUGCCGUGCCUACUACAUCUCCGAACAAACCUCCCACCAUCCUCCCAAAUCCUCCUACUUCUAUCUCGCCCCUCACCAUCACAUCCGUAUCGAUGGUACCCUAAAACCCCGUUCUCGAUUCCUUGGAAACUCAGCAGCCAGCAUGAUGGAAGGAGUAUCCGUCCUAACCCUCACCAACAAAGGAAAACCGGGAAUCGGCGAGAAAUAUAUCCUAAACCAACCGAAUAUCUACGUAAGAGGGAUAUUAUUUGGAACGAUGAAGUACGAAUUGGGAGACUAUGUGUAUGUGAGGUGCCCGGAGACCAAUUUGGUAGCGGAGAUUGAAUUCCGAGUGAAGGGUUUCUUUACGGGGACGUAUAAUGCCAUUCAGGGAACUAUCAAGAAUGAGAAGACAGGAGAGAAGUUGUAUGAGAUUACUGGCAAAUGGAAUGAGGAGAUGUACAUCAAGAACGAAUUGACUGGCCGAUCAGAACUCCUCUUCGAUGCUACAAAUGCGAAACCGUCCCUACCGCUCGUUCGCCCGAUCUCCGAGCAAAAUGAGAAGGAAUCGCAGAAUCUCUGGGCACCUACUAUCAGCGCUCUUCUAAAAAGGGACCAGGAAGCUGCUACAGAUGAGAAGAUCAAGGUGGAAGAAAAACAACGCUCUGACACAAGAAAACGGGAGGCCGAUGGAAUCGAAUGGGUGCCGCAGUUAUUCAAACCGACGGAUGAGUAUGGAUUAGAUUAUGUUAUCUAUGCUAAUAUUGACGGGAAGGAUCCAGAGACAUUAGAGAAGCAGGUACUGGCCAUUACACCGAUACUACCAGGGAGCCACUCAACCGGGAAAUUCGCGAUUCCGCCGCAUCAGAGCCAUCCAAACGAUGUUACGCAUAUUACAGGGACGGAGCCGGAUACAGGCGCUAAAGGGGCGGAGACAUGA